AUGCAUGAUAAUGCUAUAGCUGCGGAACGUCAGAAGCUGCAGGAUAUUCUUAGUCAGCGCAGGUCUGCUGCUAUGUCAGCAAGAACUGCUCGCGCCCUCACUACAGCAAAACAACUCCUCACAAAACAGUCGGAAGUUGAACAGGGAUUUGAACAAGCGAAGGCCGACAUGGAGAAGAAGCUAAAAACGCGCAUCUCCAUGCAGAAGCACACCAGUGACAAUAAGAACGAUGCGAAGACCCAUUAUAAACCGACACUCGACAGUACCGCCGAACUUGCUCAGUUUGAGGAAUGCGUCGGUUGCUCAACGUUGAAGGAGGAAUAG